AUGUCAUCACAGCCUGCAAAAUGUGAGCAACUGCAAAUUCCAGUGGCAAACCCAUAUAUCAUUGGCGACACUAUUUUGGAUGGUGAUGAAGAUGCUCAAGUCAUAGUAUUUGAAUGUGGUGCACCAACCAGAUGGGCAUUACAAUGUAGAAAAUGGAGGAACUACUUUCAGGUUCCAGAUGAUGACAUUGAGGAGGAUGACAUUGCCAUUGAAACUUCAAGUCCAAGCAACAGUUCACCAGCCAGAGAGACUGUACCAACCAAAGAACCAAGUCGAGGCAAGAAAAGAAUUGCUGAAGAAGCAGGCUUAGAAUUCAGUUGA